AAAAAAAAAAAGAAAAGAAAAGAAAAAGUUUAUGGGUUAAAACAAAAAACAAUAAGCUCAUUAUUUUGGCGGUUGGCAAUUUGGGCUUGGCUUUCUGAGUGGCUCUCCUGCUAAUCUUAUUCAUGUGACUGCAGUCAGCAGCUAUUGGCUUGAUGGGGACUGGGUGGUCCAAGAUGGUCUUGCUGAAAUAUCUAGCGGUUUUUGCUGACAUUAAGCUGGAGGUCUCUCUCCAAGUGAACUUUUAUCUGCAAGCAAGCUGCUCUUAGCUUUUGAGAAAUGGUGGUAUCAGGGCAGGAAAAGGGCAAGAGCAAAAGCUGCAAGACCUCCUGAGGCUUUGUCUCAGAAGUCUCACAAUGUCACUUCCACCACAUAUUGGUCAAAGCACAUCACAUGGCCCUGUCUAAUAGUAACCUAGCCAUUGACUAGCAUUUCAGGAGAACAAAAAAAGGAAAGAAAAAAAAGUGACCUUUACCUUGCUUUUCACAUAUGCUCAGUAAUGUUUCACUUUCCUUGGGGCUCUUAGAGAAUUUCAUGAGAAAGAGGGAGGGGAAUAGAGGAGAGUUAAGGAAUUAUGAGACACCAACCUUUCUUGGACUGCAGACUGGCUAGAUUGGAAGAAAUUCUUCCCACCACACAAAUUCUCAUCAUCUAUCACACGCAAACUCAGAUGGAAGUAAAAGGGAUAUGGGAGUACUGCUAACCCUUCUUAGUAUCCAAGAGAAAGGCCAGGGUUAUGGAUAUCCAGAUCUGGAAAUUUUCCCUAAAUUCACAGCAGUUUCCUGGGAAGACAGCACUGGAAUGACAUGGUUCUGAAACAUGGAACUUGACUUCAGAGAGUUCCCAAGGGAGACCCUCUGAAGAAGGAAUCCUACUCCUAGUUUCUCCCCAUCAUGUCUUCCUAAGACUCUAAGGGACACUUCCAACUCCAAAAGCCUCAUUUGAAAAACAAGUCUGUGCUUUUCUGUUUGCAAACUAUAUUCUACCAUUCAAAUAUCUGAUUCUUCUUUUGAUGUCCAUUUCUCUGCAGUUGGGGCCCAUAUGGCUACAAAGGGGUAAAAAAGAAGUACCUGGGAACUCAUGGAUACAGAGCCCAAGAGACAAUACAGUCUAAAAACUGGCACGUAGGUGGUCACUCACUCCACAGAUACUCCCUGUAUGUUAAACACCAGGCAGAGCACUUUGGGUGAGAGUGCACUGAAAAAGACAACCUAGGCCAUGCUUCAUUGCAAGGUGACUCUGGCUAACACAGGCAUUGAUCGUAGUCUUCACAGACACAGACUCUCAGGGAAAGCUCCUUCCAACAGACCUCUCAGUCCCAACAUAAAAUCCAAAACUGCAGGUGGUCUACCUGUCACACAUUCAAUAUCACAGAAUUAAAAGCCUCUUCCAACACACUAGGUUAGAGCAGCACUGUCAUAUGAUGGGUGGUCUCGAACCCCACAGUGUCGCACACCCCACAUCACAACCAACCACGGUCACCCAAAAGGUCCUGCAUCUGGCACAGCCUUGUCACCGCGUACACACCCCCGCCUCGUCAUGACCACAAACGUUCACACGCACGUACCCGCGCAUUCACAGGCCUGAGCUACAGGCCCCGCACGCCCUGUUCGCGCCCUGAGAGCUCUGGAUGUCUCUCCGUGAGCGCCUCACGCACCAAGACCCGGCUCACCACUCGUAGCCAGGCAACUUGGACAGAGAACUUGGAAGCGGAGCUGGAGAUCCGAUAUCUACCGCAGCGCGAAGGCCUAUGGGAAAUGUAGUUCAAGGCCGAAAACGCCCGGAUGUCGAGAAGGCGCGCGUAGCCGGUGGUCCGGAGAAACGCGCCGCGGAGACACCUGGGAGGUACAGUCCGUGUGGGGAGUACGCAGGCGCAGACUGCUGGCCGGUGACCAAAGGUAGGUAGUCUUCAGCUCCAAUGGAUUAGGAGCUGGCAAAGGAAUGAGAAGUCGGAAGUCAGGGACAAGAAGAGGCUAACAUGACUAAUACUGCUAUAAUUUAGUGAACUGCCCCUUUCUAAAGAGGAGCACAAAAGAAAGACUGGUCCUUUCUUGCACAUCUCAAAACCAUGGCUCAGGGAUCAGUGUCAUUCAAAGAUGUGACUGUGGACUUCACGCAGGAGGAAUGGCAGCACCUGGAUCCUGCUCAGAAGACUCUAUAUAUGGAUGUCAUGUUGGAAAACUAUUGCCACCUCAUCUCUGUUGGGUGUCACAUGACCAAACCUGAUGUCAUCCUCAAGUUGGAGCAAGGAGAAGAGCCAUGGGCAUCAUUUGCAGCUCUUACCUGCUUAGAAGAAAACUGGAAAGCCGAAGACUUUCUGGUGAAAUUCAGGGAACACCAAGAUAAGUAUUUUAGAUCAGUUGUACAUAUCAACCACAAAAAACUGGUUAAUGAGAAGAAUAAUAUAUAUGAAAAGACAUUUACUCUAGGCAAAAGCCCUGUUAAUUCAAAAAAUCUACCUCCUGAAUAUGAUACCCAUGGAAAGAUUUUGAAAAAUGUUUCAGAAUUAAUCAUCAGUAAUUUAAAUCCUACAAGAAAGAGACUUAGUGAGUAUAAUGGAUAUGGGAAAUCAUUCCUCAGCACUAAGCAAGAGACAGCUCAUCCUGGAGUCAAAUCCCAUAAUCAAAGUGGUAGGGCUUUUAGUCAUAAUGAAGUGCUUAUGCAAUAUCAGAAAAUGGAAACUCCAGUACAGUCAUUUGGAUAUAAUGACUGUGAGAAAUCAUUCCUUAAAAGAGGAGGCUUAAUUACACAUAAUAGAGCUUACAGAGGGGAAACACCAUCUGUAUACAAUAAAAAGAGAAGAGCAACCAAUAUUGAAAAAAAACAUACCUGCAGCGAAUGUGGGAAAUCGUUUUGCAGGAAGUCAGUAUUGAUCCUGCAUCAGGGAAUUCACACAGAGGAAAAACCCUAUCAAUGUCAUCAAUGUGGAAAUGCAUUUAGAAGGAAGUCAUAUCUCAUUGAUCAUCAAAGAACCCACACAGGAGAGAAACCCUUUGUUUGUAAUGAAUGUGGUAAGUCCUUCCGCCUCAAGACAGCCCUCACUGACCAUCAGAGAACACAUACAGGGGAAAAGUCAUAUGAGUGUCUGCAGUGUAGGAAUGCUUUCAGAUUGAAGUCGCAUCUCAUUCGUCAUCAGAGAACUCACACAGGAGAGAAACCAUAUGUUUGUAAUGACUGUGGGAAGUCUUUCCGCCAGAAGACAACACUCUCUUUACAUCAGAGAAUUCAUACAGGGGAGAAACCCUAUAUUUGUAAAGAAUGUGGAAAGUCCUUUCACCAGAAGGCAAACCUUACUGUACAUCAGAGAACUCACACAGGGGAAAAGCCCUAUAUUUGUAAUGAAUGUGGAAAAUCCUUCUCCCAAAAGACAACCCUUGCUCUUCAUGAGAAAACCCAUAAUGAGGAAAAACCAUAUAUUUGUAAUGAAUGUGGGAAGUCCUUCCGCCAGAAAACAACCCUCGUAGCACAUCAGAGAACACAUACAGGGGAGAAAUCUUAUGAAUGUCCUCAUUGUGGGAAGGCUUUUAGAAUGAAGUCAUACCUCAUUGAUCAUCACAGAACUCACACCGGAGAGAAACCGUAUGAAUGUAAUGAAUGCGGGAAAUCAUUCAGUCAGAAAACAAAUCUCAAUCUACAUCAGAGAAUUCAUACAGGGGAGAAACCUUAUAUCUGUAAUGAAUGUGGGAAGUCCUUUCGCCAAAAGGCAACCCUCACUGUACAUCAGAAAAUACAUACAGGGCAGAAAUCCUAUGAAUGUCCUCAGUGUGGGAAAGCCUUUAGCAGGAAGUCAUAUCUCAUUCAUCAUCAAAGAACUCAUACAGGAGAGAAACCAUAUAAAUGUAAUGAAUGUGGUAAGUGCUUCCGCCAGAAGACAAAUCUCAUUGUACAUCAGAGAACUCACACAGGAGAGAAGCCCUAUGUUUGUAAUGAGUGUGGUAAGUCCUUCAGUUAUAAGAGAAACCUCAUUGUCCAUCAAAGAACUCACAAGGGAGAAAACAUAGAAAUACAAUAAAUGAUGUGAUUUCUUUGUGAACCCUUUCCAAAUUAUAAACCUUUAGUUUUAAAAAGAAAAGCAUGCUUGAACAGGUUAAUGUAAUUUUAAUCACAAAUGUAAUAAUAGUUAUUAACUGAAAGUACCAAAACACAUAACUAUUUCUCUGAUGUUUACUAGCAUAUAAGAUGGAUGUUAUCAUUAUUAUUGAACUCUAUCAGAUAUGAAGCUAACUUUUAAAGUUUUCAACUGCUCCUGCUGACUCAAAUAGUUUAUUUUUUAAAAUACUUAAUAUGUGCAGAGGCAAGUUACAAAACAAUUACAAGCAUCAUUCUCCAUAAGAGAGAGAACAUAUCUAUGAACUGUAUUUCUCAUUACACUCUAUGUAACAUAAAGCAGUUAGUUGCUACUUCUGUAAAGAUUACUACUUUCCUACCCUAUAAUGUCAUAAAGUAGUUUUUGCAUGUUUUUUAACUUUAUAUUUUUUAUUAUACAUCAUGAAUUCUUUUGUCUUGUUUCAGUGAACAUUUUUAAGAUUUGUACAUUAUUGCAUGUGGCAGUAGUGUAUUUUCAUUUUGUCUAUUCCAUUUUAAGAAUAUACUGCUAUUUAUCCUAUUGAUGGAUAUUUGUAUUUUUUAUAAUUUUGUGUUAUAAUAAAUAUACUGCUAUAAGUAUUCUUGUUUA